AUGUAUUUUUGUGCGUGCAAAUCACAAGCUCCAAUAGAACGCAAGAAGAUCGACCUGACGCCUUUGAAGAAGGCAAAAGUGCCAAUAUUUUUCAUCGUUGGUGGCCCUGGUUCUGGAAAAGGUACACAGUGCGAUAAAAUUGUUGAAAAAUAUGGAUUGACUCACUUGAGCUCCGGGGAUUUGCUUCGCGCCGAAGUAAAAUCAGGCUCAACACGGGGUACGGAACUGAACAAAAUCAUGGAACAAGGUCAACUUGUUCCUUUGGAAGUUGUACUCGACUUGGUGAAGGAAGCAAUGCUUGAGGCUGUGAAGAAGGGAACAAAGGGUUUCCUCAUUGACGGUUAUCCACGAGAAGUGAAACAAGGUGAACAAUUCGAGAGCGAGAUUCAAGAAGCGAAGUUGGUUCUCUUCUUCGACGUCAGCGAAGAAACUCUGGUUAAACGAUGCCUUCACAGAGCUCAAACCAGUGGCCGUGUUGAUGAUAAUAUUGAAACGAUCAAGAAGCGACUCAACACCUACAUCACUGCAACUGCCCCUGUUACGUCUUAUUACGAAAAGAAAGGAAAACUUGUUAAGAUUCCAUCGGAAGGAACAAUUGAUGAAAUUUUCAAGGUGGUCGUAACACACCUCGAUAAAGCAAUGACCAAGUAA